AUGUUAUCUCGAUUUAUUACUAAACAAUCAUUAAUUUCACUCACAACUAAAAGAUAUUCAUCUAUAAUAUCUGUACAUAGAGAAACAAAAGAAGAUAAUCAAAAUAUACCAUUUGAAUUCAAUUCUGAAAAUAAGAAAAGAGCUGAAGAAAUUAUUGCAAAAUAUCCACCACAAUAUAAAAAGGGAGCAACUAUGCCACUUUUGGAUUUAGGUCAACGUCAAUUAGGUUUCACAUCAAUUUCUGUAAUGAAUUAUGUUGCAAAAUUAUUGGAUAUGCCACCAAUGAGAGUAUAUGAAGUUGCAACUUUUUAUACAAUGUAUAAUAGAAAACCAAUGGGUAAAUAUAAUAUUCAAGUAUGUACAACUACUCCAUGUCAAUUAUGUGGAAGUGAUGGUAUAAUGAAAGCAAUUACGGAUUAUUUAAAAAUCAAACCUGGUCAAACUACACCUGAUAAAUUAUUUACAUUUCAAGAAGUUGAAUGUUUAGGAGCUUGUGUAAAUGCUCCAAUGUUGGCAAUAAAUGAUGAUUAUCAUGAAGAUUUAACUCCGGAAGCAACUGUUGAAUUAUUAAAACAAUUACAAGAUGGUAAAGAAUUAGAUUCAAUUGGUCCAGUAUUAAAUAAAAGAGAAUCUUGUGAACCAUUUAGUGGACAAAAAGUUUUAUUAAGUAAAGAACCAACUGAUAUAAGGAAAUUUACUAGAUCGGAUUUAUAA